AAAUUGAACGCCAAAUACCUCAUAAAUCACUAGAAAAAAAAAACUAAAAUUCAAAGCGAAAUGGAUCAACAGUUACCACCGACGAACUUCCCGGUAGAUUUUCCGGUGUAUCGCCGGAAUUCAAGCUUCAGUCGUCUAAUUCCCUGUUUAACUGAAAAAUGGGGAGAUUUACCACUAAAAGUCGAUGAUUCCGAAGAUAUGGUAAUUUACGGUCUAUUAAAAGACGCUCUAAGCGUCGGAUGGUCGCCGUUUAAUUUCACCGCCGGCGAAGUAAAAUCGGAGCCGAGAGAAGAAAUUGAAUCGUCGCUUGAAUUUUCACCUUCUCCGGCGGAGACCACGGCAGCUCCGGCGGCUGAAACACCGAAAGGAAGACAUUAUAGAGGCGUUAGACAGCGUCCGUGGGGGAAAUUUGCGGCGGAGAUUAGAGAUCCGGCGAAGAACGGAGCUAGGGUUUGGCUUGGAACGUACGAAACAGCUGAAGAAGCUGCAAUUGCUUAUGAUAAAGCUGCUUAUAGAAUGAGAGGAUCAAAAGCACAUUUGAAUUUCCCGCACCGGAUCGGUUUGAAUGAACCGGAACCGGUUCGAGUUACGGCGAAAAGGCGAGCAUCGCCGGAACCGGCAAGCUCGUCGGGAAACGGUUCCAUGAAACGGAGAAGAAAAGCCGUUCAGAAAUGUGAUGGAGAAAUGGCGAGUAGAUCAAGUGUCAUGCAAGUUGAAUGUCAAAUUGAACAAUUGACAGGUGUCCAUCAACUAUUGGUCAUUUAAAAAGCCGAAUAUUUCUCCGAACGC